UCAAGCUUUGGUUUGAGGACGAAAAAACAGGGAUUUUGCAAGCGGAGAAUUGGCCAAAUUAAACGUAAUCAUGUUGUUGUUAUAUCACUAUCACAUCUGGCCGCUGGGUGCUUGGCCGGAGCACCUCUGCCGUGGAUGCUGUCGGUGCGGUCAGUCCGGGGGUGACAGGGCGCGCGUUUUGGUCCGUGGAUCCGGUGCGCACUAACCAUGACUCCGGGACUGCCCGGAGCGCCAAACUUUCUCCAAGUUUGUUGGAUCAUGGCUGUAUUGAAGGCGUUGGAGGAAGACAGAAUAAAAGAUACAGUCCAUUCAUCCUGUAAGUUCUGCUGAAGACUGGAUACUCCAGUAUUCUGAUUCUACUGACUGAGACUCCCAUCAGCCCACCUGUCUGUGUUAGACUGUCUUAUCCUGGGGUCCCAAGGCUGAACUAGAGCCAUGGAGGUGGCCCUGGUAGACUUUGAGAGCCUUGAUGACAUUGACGGUGGCCUUGAGGAUGAAGUCGACACCUUCGCUGAUGAGACCACAGCCCUUACUGUGGACAUACCCCCAGAGCCCAGUGGCCAAGCCAGUAACUACCUCCUGCGAGCUCCUCAACGUACCUCCACGCCAUCUCAAAGCCCUCGACCCUCCUGCAAUUGGGAUUCCCCCUUACCUCUGUGUUCCCAGGCAAAGACACUGGGUGUGCCCCAGUCUCCACAAAUGCCAACACCAAGUAGACAAGGGCGCACUAGUUGUGCCAGCAUGAUCUCCAACUGGAAAUUGCUGCUAAGCAGUGAGAGCAAUAAAGAAAGUGAGAGAAUCUUCAGUCGACUCGCCCGGGAAUGCUGCGAGGAUCUGUUUGUAGAUAAACGAGGGCUCGAUGAUGGAGAUCAGAAGGUCAUCAUCAACAUUGCAGGUCUCCGUUUUGAGACACAACUUAAAACAUUAGACCAGUUUCCUGAGACACUGCUGGGAGACCCUCAAAAAAGAAUGGACUACUUUGAUCCAAUGAGGAAUGAAUAUUUCUUUGAUCGAAACCGACCCAGCUUUGACGGGAUCUUGUAUUACUACCAGUCAGGGGGCAAAAUCAGACGCCCAGCUAAUGUUCCUCUGGAUGUGUUUGCAGAUGAAAUAAUCUUCUAUGAGCUUGGGAGUGAGGCUAUGGAGCAGUUCAGAGAAGAUGAGGGUUUCAUAAAGGAUACUGUGAUCCCUCUGCCCACUAAUGAUGUAUAUAAGCAAUUUUGGCUGUUAUUUGAGUAUCCAGAGAGUUCCAAUGCAGCCCGGGGUGUAGCACUAGUAUCUGUUUUUGUUAUUGUUAUUUCCAUCAUUAUUUUUUGUAUGGAAACACUACCAGAAUUCAGAGAUGAAUCUGACCCAGUCGUGCCCACAGCAGUACAGCCUUUCAACCAAACCAGAGGUUACAGUUCUGUGGCUCCACCUGGUGUAAAGCCAACCUUCUCUGAUCCUUUCUUCUUCAUAGAGACUGCUUGCAUUUCCUGGUUCUUUUUUGAGCUGUUUGUACGAUUUGCGGUCUGCCCCAGCAAAAGGGAGUUUUUCCACAACCUAAUGAACAUGAUUGACAUUAUAUCCAUCAUUCCCUAUUUUGUCACUGUAGUAACAGAACUGGCCACAACGCCACAAGAGAGCUCAGGACAGAAUAUGUCUUUGGCCAUUCUACGAAUCAUUCGUCUGGUCAGAGUGUUUCGUAUAUUCAAACUCUCACGUCACUCCAAAGGACUCCAGAUCCUGGGACAGACUCUGAAAGCUAGCAUGCGUGAGCUUGGCUUACUUAUCUUCUUCCUCUUCAUUGGAGUUAUCCUCUUCUCCAGUGCUAUCUACUUUGCUGAGGUAGAUGAGCCUAACACACAGUUUGUCAGCAUACCGGACGGCUUCUGGUGGGCGGUUGUAACCAUGACCACUGUAGGUUAUGGAGACAUGUGUCCUAUAACUAUGGGGGGUAAAAUGGUGGGCACCUUGUGCGCCAUAGCAGGUGUACUUACCAUUGCAUUGCCUGUCCCUGUCAUUGUCUCCAACUUCAACUACUUCUACCACAGGGAAACAGAAGCAGAGGACAAGACACCCUUUUCAGAUGCUGUUGAGCAGGCAAUGAAGGGUGACUCGAGCACCAAACAGGGCAGCAAUACUUCACUCAAUAAACCCAAUGGCAUCUGGCAGAAUGACAGAAAGAAAUAGCUUUGAAAGGAAAUGAAAAUACUAAACUUCACGUACUGCUGAAAUGCAUCAAUGGGAUGUUUUUAGCAAAUAACAACAAAUAUGUUAAGUUAGGAUAUAUUGUACCAUACCGUUCUUACCUCUAAAGAAGAUGGCUCACUGAAAUUAGCAUAAGUAUUGGUGAGAUUACUAUUCUCAGAUGCACCUAAAUGGGUUUAUGAUUUAAGUAUAAUGUUGGUCUGAUUUUGAUUGCUUUGGCCGUCAUUCCUAAUGCCUACAGUAACAUAAAAGUCAAUGUAGGUAUAUUCGCCACAGGGACUUUUAAUGCCAUAAGGCCAUAAAAUGGGUCUAAGACAGUUUUAAACCAAUCAAAAUGAAUAGAAAGGUAAACUCAAAUGAGACAUUUUGGGACAUUUCUGUAAUUGCUAAUAUAAAAUUGUAUCCAAGAGCUACGGUAUAUCUAUAUUUAGCUUAUAUGUUGCUAGAAAACUGAAAGAAAAAAACAUACACUGGACUCACCAUUGGCAAGCUAAAGAGAGGUGAUUUCUAAUUUUAAUCAAGUCAUUUUUUGGACUGAAGUUUAAUAUUUUGGUCUUCACCCUCUGCAAGUAAAUGACACAUUCAACACAGGCAGAUGAUGGCUAACAGCAAAAAAAGACCAGUGUUCUACCAAACAAAAUAAAGAAAGAAACUACUUUUCCAUUUUAGUGUUGUAAAUGGUUAACUGUAGGUUUUAUCAUAUAGUCCUGUAUCUAUUUAUUUAAGAUGUAUCAUGUUUCUAUUGUAUUAAUUUAUUUAUUUUCUUUGAUAAGUAGCAUGUAUAAAUCCAGCAGUAUGACUGACUCCACAGUAUGUAUUUUACUGGAGUGCCUUAUUAUGUUGGGAUGAAUUUGCCAUACAUAACCUCAGUACCUGUAUGUUUAUUGUGCGUAAUACACUCAGUAUUUUUUUGAUUUCAGUGAAAAUCUAAGUUAUAGCUCUUCCAUUCUUCAUUUUUGUGAGCAUUUUAUUCUGCAAAUGUCAUAUUUUUCAAAAGAAAAAUUUAACAAUGCUAUUCAACGAAGCAUCCUGACCCAAAAUAACAUUUAAUGCAUCCAGAAUAUAGUGAAUCCCCCUUUGUUUCCGCAUUAUUGUAUUAUCAGUUUCAUUAUACCAUUUAGAAUUUAGUAUUCAUCAAAUCUUCGCAAAAUAUUGGAUUUAAGAAAGGUAAAAGAAUGCAAAGAAAGAGAGAGGGAGAGAGAAUAAAUGGAUCUGUCACAGGGAACCUUGUACAGUACAUCAUCUGUCUUAUUUUGAAGGAGUAGUUAUAAACUAUCCUGUAACAGAACAGUACCACCCUUUAGUACUGGCAGCAUAUCUUAUUAGUAUUUAUUUUAAACAAAUUUUCCUAUCAAAUAAACCUUAAAUAGAAUAGGGGCAGUGGUAAUUUGGAUCCAAGAAAAUUAUAUCAGCUCAAAAUUGAGUUCUGGUGAAUUAAAUCUGUUUACGGUUUGUCUGAUGUUCUGAAUAUAAGAGCAAAUGUGUUUCUGUUUUCUGUCUGAGAAUCAGCAUUAUAAUAAUGAGUACAGUGACUAUACAAUAAGAUGUCAGUGUACAGUAUAUUUCAUAAUCAGUCUGUCAUCUGUUGCAGGUAUGGUCAAACUAAAAGCCACUGUCGUACAAAAAGUAGACUUGACUGAAGUGAUAACCUCGGUUGUCAUGGCUACAGAAGGCCGGGGUUAUUGCACCAACAGACCUUUACACUGUAUUUGUACAUGUAUGUAUGAUAACAUUUCAGUAUAUGAUUUACUGUAAUGUAGAUGCAAUACAGAUUGAAUCUCAUGAUUUUC